GUGAUAUAUGGCGACCGCGCUGAGCGACAUUUUGUUUCAUCUAAGUCAGUCGUCUAGCAAAAUGAUUGAGAGACGAUCUAUUUUGCGUCUAACUGAUGUUUCAAGCCUUGCUGAACUUGCACAUAGAGAGUACCAAGCUGGGGAUUAUGAACGAGCUGAACAACAUUGCAUGCAAUUAUGGCACCAAGAUCCGGAAAAUACAUCAACGUUGUUACUGCUAAGUUCUAUACACUUUCAAUGUCGCCGAAUGGAAAGAUCAGCUUACUUCAGCCAGCUGGCUAUCAAACAAAACCCACUGAUGGCAGAGGCGUACUCCAACCUCGGCAACGUUUAUAAAGAGCGAGGACAGUUAAAGGAGGCAAUCGACAACUACAGACAUGCAUUAAGAAUCAAACCGGAUUUCAUUGAUGGAUACAUUAAUCUAGCUGCUGCUCUGGUUGCAGCUGGAGACAUGGAGUCUGCCGUUAACGCAUAUGCGACAGCAUUGCAAUACAACCCAGACUUGUACUGUGUACGGAGUGAUCUGGGAAACUUAUUAAAGGCUCUUGGACGCUUGGAUGAGGCGAAAUCAUGUUAUCUGAAAGCGAUUGAGACGUGCCCAACAUUUGCAGUGGCUUGGAGCAACCUGGGAUGUGUGUUUAAUGCGCAAAAUGAAAUAUGGUUGGCAAUUCAUCACUUUGAAAAGGCUGUUACUCUGGACCCUACUUUUCUAGAUGCAUACGUUAACCUCGGAAAUGUGUUGAAGGAAGCUCGGAUAUUCGAUCGUGCGGUAGCAGCUUAUCUUAGGGCGUUGACGUUGUCUCCAAAUAAUGCUGUUGUUCAUGGAAACUUAGCCUGUGUUUACUACGAGCAGAAUCUUAUCGAUCUUGCUAUUGACACGUACAAAAGAGCAAUUGAAUUGCAGCCCAAUUUUCCGGAUGCUUAUUGUAACUUAGCCAAUGCUCUCAAAGAAAAGGGGAAGGUCUCAGAAGCUGAAGAGUACUACAAUACAGCUUUAAGAUUAUGUCCUACGCAUGCAGAUUCUUUAAACAAUCUAGCAAACAUUAAACGUGAGCAAGGAAAAGCAGAAGAAGCCAUACGACUGUAUGUUCGAGCGCUCGAGAUAUAUCCUGAGUUUGCGGUAGCUCAUUCUAACCUCGCAAGCAUGCUUCAAUUACAAGGAAAGCUGCAAGAAGCUUUACUGCAUUAUCGGGAAGCCAUUCGCAUAUCGCCUACAUUUGCAGAUGCUUAUUCCAAUAUGGGUAAUACCCUGAAGGAACUACAAGAUGUCCAAGGUGCGAUGCAGUGUUAUCAGAGAGCUAUUCAAAUCAAUCCCGCGUUCGCUGAUGCUCAUUCUAACUUGGCCAGCAUCCUAAAAGACAGCGGUAAUCUCGCAGAGGCUAUAACAUCCUACAAGACUGCCUUAAAAUUAAAACCUAAUUUCCCAGAUGCGUUCUGCAACCUCGCGCACUGUCUGCAGAUUGUAUGUGACUGGUCUGACUAUAAGCACAGAAUGAAGAAACUUGUUUCCAUGGUUCAAGAUCAACUAGAAUCAAACCGCUUGCCAUCUGUCCACCCUCAUCAUUCCAUGUUAUACCCACUGACUCAUGAACAGCGUAAGAAAAUCGCUGGGAAACAUGCUUCCCUUUGCUUGGAAAAAGUGUCUUUACUCCAUCAUCAACCAUUCCGAUUUAAUAAAAAAUUACCCGCCGGACAGCGUUUGAGAAUCGGCUAUGUUAGUUCUGAUUUUUGUAAUCAUCCAACCAGUCACUUGAUGCAAAGUAUCCCAGGUCUACAUGAUCGAACUAAAGUUGAAGUAUUCUGCUACUCACUUGCACCUGACGAUGGCACCAACUUCAGAGCCAAGGUCGCUAAUGAAGCCGAACACUUCAUCGACCUAAGUGGGAUUCAGUGUCACGGAAAAGCUGCUGAUAAAAUUGCAAGCGAUGGAAUUCACAUCCUCUUGAACAUGAAUGGCUAUACGAAGGGUGCGCGUAAUGAAAUAUUUGCGCUGAAGCCUGCACCGAUUCAAGCUAUGUGGUUAGGUUAUCCUGGUACAAGUGGUUCAACGUUUAUGGAUUAUAUCAUAACGGACAUGGUAACAUCCCCGAUGCACUUGAGCCAUCAGUACUCUGAAAAGUUGGCUUACAUGCCGAAGACAUUCUUUAUCGGAGAUCAUCAACAAAUGUUUCCUCAUUUACGCAACCGGGUUAUUUUGGAGAGUGCUGAAGACGCCACCGCAGGGCGCCGUGUAACAGACAAUUCCAUCGUCGUUAGUGGUUUGGAUAUUAAACCCUUACUGCAGGUCGCUUGUGUGCGUGAAGUCACUUAUGGGGGUCGCUUAGUUGAGAUACAUGGAAGUCAACGCAAAGAGGUUUCUUAUUUCACCAAACUCACCGUAUUAACAAUUCCUUCCUUGCAACCCAUUCAAAACAUGAUUCGAACAAACAGUCCGUCUUGUACCAUCAAUGGUGUCACUAUUCACAAUGGUUUGGUGACACAGCAAACACAGUCGAAAGCUUCUGCUGGUGAAGAAGUACCACGUGACCUGAUCCUUACUUCCAGACAGCAUUAUGGUUUGCCGGAAGAUGCCGUCGUCUUUUGUAACUUCAAUCAGUUAUAUAAGGUUGAUCCAUCAACAAUGAGGAUGUGGGUUGAAAUCCUGAAAGGUGUUCCAAACAGUGUUUUGUGGCUGUUGCGCUUCCCAGCUGCUGGCGAAGCCGGUGCGCUUGCAGCAGCUUCCGAAAUGGGUCUUCAACAGGUCAACCGUCGGAUCUUAUUUAGCAACGUUGCACCGAAAGAGGAACAUGUUCGUCGUGGUCAGGUUGCUGAUGUCUGUCUGGACACACCUUUGUGCAAUGGACAUACUACUGGUAUGGACGUUCUGUGGGCCGGUUGUCCUGUUGUCACCCUCCCACUUGAGACAUUGGCGAGUCGCGUUGCAGCUAGUCAGCUUCACACAUUAGGAUGUCCUGAGCUGGUGGCUAACAGUCAGGAAGACUAUGUUCGUAUCGCAACCAAACUUGGAAAUAGUCGUGAAUACCUCCAGGCAAUGAGGGCUAAAGUUUGGAAGGCGAGAGAGUCAUCCGCUCUUUUCAGCUGUCGUAGCUAUACUGCCGAUAUAGAAGCCCUCUAUUUCCGUAUGUGGCAGCAGUACGAAGCUGGUUCAAUCGACCAUAUCGUCGAAUGGCCCUCAAAGUCCAAUAAAGAAAGUACCUAGUCUUGUCACCGGGUUCUGUUUGCUUGUAAAUACAUAACUUAUUAUC